AUGGCCAGUCCUCCCGUACUUGCUUUCGAUGCUGAGGGCCGCCCAGUGAAGUUUGACACCUGGCUCGAUGACCUGCACCUUUUCCUACAGCUCACUGCCAAGGAGGACAUCUCACUGUAUGACCACGCCCUCGGCCAUGCUCCUGCCCCUGCUACUGAUGCUGACAGCACUACCCGCUCCCAGUGGCAGACUCGUGACGCCCACGCUCGCUUUGCCAUCCGCAACUCCCUGCCGUUAGAUGAGCGCGAGCACUUUGGCCAGUGCAAGACUGCUAGGGACCUCUACACCGCUGUAGUUGCCCGUUACUCCUCACCCGCUUCUGCUACGCUAGGCCGCCUCACUCUUCCCUACCUGUUCCCCGACCUAGCCUCCUUUCACACUGUCGCAGACCUCAUCACCCACCUUAAGACUAGUGAGGCCCGCUUUCGCGCUGCUAUGCCUGCCGAGUUUCUCACUAGCAACCCCCCCCCGCUCUGGAUCACUCUCUACCACAUCGUCACCCGCCUCCCUGACUCUCUGCGCGCAGCACCUCUCGUGGCGACCCCCGCACCCCGUUCUUCGAGGGGUGUUCCCCUUCCCCCCUCCUCCCCUCUGUCGCCUCUGCUGCUGCUGUCGACCUCCUUGGUGCUGAGAAGGUCGGGACCGCGUCUGCUUCGAGCGGGCGCCGCAGGGGCAAAGGGAACAGGGGCGGGGGUGGCGGCGGAGGAGGUGGGGGUGGAGGCGGUGGGAGUGGAGGCGCGGCUGAGGAGGCUAGUGGCGGUAGUGGGGGAGGCGACAGCAGCGGCGGGAGUGGUGGCAGGGGCGGAGGCGGCAGCGGAGGCGGAGGUGGUCGUGGUGGCGGCAGGGGUGGAGGUGGCCGGGGCGGAGGCGGAGGGGGUGGUGGUCGUGGGGGCACUGGCGGAGGGCAGAGUCAGCAGCCCGCCCCGACGCUUCAGGCCGCCCGUGAGUGGUAUGCGCAGCGUGGCUUUACCUGCACACUUUGAUGCUAUUCUCACUGCCAUGUAUGCGAUGUCUAUUAGUGGAGAGGGUGCUCAGUACUUGCGUGUUCCGCCCGACCCGGGCAUUCAGGCCAGUCCGGCUGCCGCCCUAGGUGCUAGUGCGUCCGCUCCCGCAGGUCCUGGUGAGGCUGCUGCCCUAGGUGCUAGUGCGUCUGUGCCCCCUGGUACUGAGUCGACUGCAGCACUGCACACCUUCACACUGGACUCAGGUGCUUCUCGCUCUUUCUUUCGUGACCGCACUGUCCUUGAGCCCCUCGCUCGGCCAGUUGCUGUCUCCCUUGCUGACCCCUCUGGGGGUCCGGUCAUUGCGACCUCCUCCACUGUCCUUCCUUGUCCGGCGGUCCCGUCCGGCACGCUGUCCGGUCUCUACCUCCCCUCGUUCUCGACGAACUUGGUGGCAGGUAGUGCGCUCCAGGACGGGGGUGUUCACCAGUUCACCCCUGCCUACGAGCGCGUGACACACUGCACGUAG